GCUUGUGUGUGUGGUGGGGUUGCUUUUCCUUUUCACACGUCACCAGUGGGCGCUUUUUCCUGCGCACAACAUAGCGAACAGAGCCCGGGGAUGCGCUCAACGUAAACAUCGCCUCAGUCAGCAGCGCCGCAGCUGUCCUCCCUUCUCUCUUCUCCUCUCUCUCUCCAUUUCUUUCCUUCCAGGCUGCAUCAUUUAGGAGCGCACGCGAAGCAGCGGACGAGCUCGAGGAAACGCUUCGCCCCCUGCACGCCCCCACCCCCUCGGAUUCCUCACAUUCCCUCUUGAUUGUUGGAUUAUCGGAGGCAGAGAGAGGGACUGCGCUCGUUCGAUCCUGUCCGAGUCGGCCGGCUGUGAUUUCUUCUCCCGUAGCAAAGAGCACUGUCUUCUUUUCUUUUUUUCUUUCAUUUUUGUUCUUUUUCUCCCCCACCAAAAGAGUUGCAGUGUGUUGAGAGAGAAAUGCUUCUGAGUCACUGUAAUCUAACGGAUACUGGACUUACAACUCAAGCAGGUUGAUGAAGAGGAAAAAAAUCUGCAACAUAGCAGCUAUUAAAUUCUUUUAUUCAACGGAGAGCAUUCCAUUCAGAAGCAAUUGGAUGAGAGACUCAUUAGCCUUCGGCAACUAAAGAUGAUGUUACCAUGGAAACAAAUUGUUCUGCUAUCAAUCACCGGAUGCCUUGCAGCCUGUACAGAGGAUGUCAUAUUUCAAGGGCCAAGAUGGAGGAUGGAGCCUGGUGACCUCAUUUUGCCGAUCAACUCCCGGGACCACCAGGCAACUAUCGCCUGUGAGGCAGAGGGGAGCCCCCGGGCUCAGUACAGAUGGUCACUAAACGGAACGCUCAUUGAUCUAGGGAGCGACUACCGGCGUCACAUGUCUGGGGGCAGCCUGAUCAUUAGGAAUCUGGACAAGGACCAAGACAGCGGGAUGUACCAGUGCACAGCUUUCAACACACUAGGUUCCAUCCUGAGCCGCAGAGCCAGCAUUCAUUUCGCAUAUCUUGACAGCUUCAAAACGCAGUCGGUAAGGAGUGCAGUGAACGUCCGUGAGGGCCAAGGAGUAGUACUUUUAUGUGGAGCUCCCCCACAUUCUGGAGAGCUGAUAUUUGCGUGGAUCUUCAAUGAAUACCCGUACUCUGUCCAACAAGACAGCCGAAGAUUCAUCUCCCAAGAGACCGGGAGCCUGUAUAUAGCCAAAGUGGAGCCCUCUGAUGUGGGCAACUACACUUGUGUGGUGAACAACACAGUCACAAAGCAGAAAGCUCUCAGCUCCCCAACACCACUGGUUCUCAGGAGUGAUGGUGUAAUGGGUGAGUAUGAGCCCAAAAUAGAAGUUCAUUUUCCAGAUUCAGUUCCAGCUGCAAAAGAAUCUGUGGUCAAAUUGGAAUGUUUUGCUCUGGGAAACCCUGUCCCAGAAAUAAGCUGGAGGAGAACAAGUGGUGUCCCUUUCCCCAGCAAAGUCAAAAUGAAGAAUUCGAAUGCCGUCCUUGAAAUCCCUAAUUUUCAGCAGGAAGAUGCGGGGAUGUAUGAAUGUAUCGCAGAGAACCGGAGAGGCAAAAAUGCUGCUCGAGGUCGGAUUUCUUACCAUGCUAAACCUCAGUGGCUCCAGACAAUAACAGACACUGCUCGGUCCAUCGAGGAGAACCUCUUCUGGGAGUGUAAGGCCAAUGGAAAGCCAAAACCGUCCUACAGCUGGCUGAAGAAUGGCGAGCAAAUGGUGGCUGAGGCCCGGGUAGAAAUCGAAAACGGAGCCCUCUCCAUAACCGCGUUAAACCUAUCAGAUUCCGGGAUGUAUCAGUGUGUGGCCGAAAACAAACAUGGCAGUGUUUAUUCCAGUGCCCAGCUAAUGGUGUUAGCUUCAGCUCCCAGUUUCUCCAGAAGUCCAUUAAAGGCCUUGCUAAAAGCUCGCUCAGGCAGCGAAGUCACUCUGGAAUGCAAGCCUCAGGCCUCGCCCCCAGCAAUUAGCUUGUGGAAGAAGGGGAACGAGAUUCUGCUAAGAACUGAAAGGAUCACUCUGCUGCCAAAUGGAACUUUAAAAAUUGCUAACGUAACCAAACGGGAUGCAGCUAGCUACACGUGCAUCGCCAAAAACCAGUUUGGAACAGCAAGCGCAACUGGGAAGCUCCUCAUCACCGAGCCCACCAGAAUCACCAUAAGGCCCACUAACAUGGAGAUUAUUGUUGGUGAGAGCAUCGUGUUACCCUGCCAGAUCACUUCUGAUCCAGCUCUGGACGUCUCCUUCUCAUGGGCGUUCAACGGCCAGCUCAUCGACUUCCAGAGAGACGGUGACCACUUUGAAAGAGUGGGUGGGACUGUAUCAGGGGACCUGAUGAUCCGCAACAUCCAGCUGAGCCACGGAGGGAAGUAUGUGUGCGUCGUCGACACGGACGUGGAGAACCUGUCCACCUCUGCCAUCCUGGUUGUCAAAGGUCCUCCAGGCCCUCCGGACAAAGUCUCAGUGGAGGAAAUCACGGACAGCACAGCUCAACUGUCCUGGACGCCCGGAAGAGACAACGGCAGCCCCAUAACGGGUUACAUCGUUCAGGCUCGCACACCAUUCACUGUGGGCUGGCAGACCAUAGACACAGUCCCGGAGGUUGUCAAUGGCAACAUGCUAACCGCCACCGUGGUUGGUCUGAAUGCCUGGGUGGAGUAUGAGUUCAGGGUGGUGGCCCGGAAUGUCGUGGGCCUCGGAGAGCCGAGUCCAGCUUCGGCCAAGACCAGAACAGAAGAUGCUAUUCCUGAUACAGCUCCCACUGAUGUUGGAGGUGGGGGAGGCACAAAGUCUGAAUUAGUAAUAACAUGGGAGCCUCUGCCUGAGGAACUGCAGAAUGGCGACGGCUUCGGCUACGUUGUGGCCUUCAGGUCAGCUGGCGCGGUCACAUGGACGCGGGCAGUGGUCUUAGCGCCCACUGUGUCUCGCUACGUGCUUCGCAAUGACACCAUCCCGCCCUUCUCGCCAUUCGACAUCAAGGUGGCAGCCUACAACAACCGAGGGGAAGGGCCGUUCAGCUCCAUAGCCACGGUGUACUCAGCGGAAGACGUCCCCAGUGUGGCUCCUAAGAGGGUGAGGGCCCGGAGUUUGUCGGCAGCAGAGAUUGAAGUGAUCUGGGACACUCUCCCUUCCCUCCCAGAAAGAGUUCUUGGAUAUGAGGUGAUGUACUGGGAAGAUGACACCAAGCCUGACACUGUUGGCAAAGUGCGGAUAACAGGGAACUACACACAGGUUAACAUCACGGGGCUGAAAGCAAACACGGUGUACUACCUCUCUGUGGCUACCUUCAACACGGCCGGGCCCGGGCCACAGUCACCGCCCAUCAACAACACCACCAGGAAACCACCACCAGACAGGGCUCCGCUUAACAUACAAUGGAGCAUGAUUGGCUCCUCGCUAACACUGCACUGGGACCCCGUAGUUGCCACAGAGACCGAGUCAAAGGUGACCGGAUAUCUGGUGAUACUGAAGAGACACCGAUACAACGACAUCCACACCACCUUCACCAACAGAACCUUGGCCGAGCUCAGCCUCUCAGCCGGCGACAACUAUCUCAUCCAGAUCAAGGUUCUGAGCGAAGGCGGUGAAGGCGUGGGCAGUGAACCCAUACACAUCCACAAAUUAAGCAUGGGAGCUCGGGGUUCUGGAGCCAGCAGUCUCGGACGUUUGUCUUGCUCCUUGGUCCUUAUUGGUGCAUUCUUAUGCUCCGUCUGGUGAUGUCACGCUUCUGCCUGUCUUCUGUCAUCCCUUCAUUCAGCUUAACGCCCCUAAGAUGGAUAAAGAUCCUGGUUUCAGAAGGGGGAAACGAACCAGAUCACGCUGAACUUUGUUUAAAUAGCCACCCAAAAGACAAGUGAUGAAUUACUUGCAUGAUUUUUUUUUCUUACUUGCAACUUCUUCCUUUGACAAAAAAGUGCCACCCUCCUUGAGAUUUCAUUUUAGAAGUUGCUUAUAUCCCGAAUUAACCUUGGUUUAUGAUUUUAGACAUGGAAUUGCCUUAAAAUCCACUUUGAUGAAAUGGUCCAUACCAAAGUAGGCAACAGUGGCUGCUUCAACCUUAAACAAACAUGUUUGCAAAAAAAAAUAAUACAUUUUUCAUCACAAUGUAGUUUACAUAUUAAUCAUUGGCUGCGCCCAUAAUUGAGCUUGUCAGGUUAACCUAAAAGCAUUCAUUCAGAACAUGUGGUUCACCAAAUUGAUGGUAAUACCUUGGAAAACUAUUCACACCCUUUGAACUUUUUUUUUAUUUUGUCAGAAAAUCAACAUCCCUAUAUUUUUAUUAAUUUCUUAUUUAACAGACUAAAUAAGUGGAGCACAUUAAAUGGAAGGAACUUGAUGAAUUGCUUUCAAAAACGUACUAACGAUCCGCCAAUAUUAAAAUUUGGGACGAUAUCUGACAUUAAUAUUGCUCGAGGCAGUAGAGGAUAUUGCUGGCAAGCUGUUAAUAAACCCUGGCUAGCUAACUAGAUGCUUUUUAGCAUCUAUUGUUGGUAAGUGCAAAUGAUGGUCAGUUGGGCUGGAUGACAUUCAUCUUUGCUACCUUCUCACUUCUGUUGCAACCCAUUCAAGGUUACGUGCAUUUUGGACAACAAAGCUCGGCUCUACCACAUUCAACCAUAAAAUAUGCAAUUUUCUUCUGUACAUUGUCAUAAUGCAAGUGUUAAAUUGCAUUCAUACUGGUCUUAAAAAGUCUUAUAUUCACUCCACUUCCCAGUUAUGUGCUACUUUGUGUUGGCCUAUUUCAUAAAAUGUGAACAAAAUACAUUGUAUUAAUGUGACACAAAAAAAAAAAGUCAAGGGGUUUGGAUAAUAUUGCAAUGUGCUGAAGUCAUAUCCAUUGCAGCUAUGAAAAGCUUUCCCAGGCUUUGUCAAAUAUACGAAUGCUGCAUAAUUGAUCAACUGUGCCUGAAACCCACUUAUCUCUGACGACUGAAAUAUUAUUGAAUCUGUUAGAGUCACAGGCUCGUGAGCUUUAGACCCCUUCCACAACACUCUGAUAGAUCUUGGCAUUUUGCUCUCCAUCUCAUGCUCCUCUAAAUAAUUAAUGCCUAUCACACUCUGCAUUCUGAGUCCAGUGAGGGAAAAAAAAAAGAAGAGCAGACAUGUGGUGUAGCUACAUCGAGCCGAUCUCUCGUGUACUAUUCCAUCUCUACAUGGAGAUGGCCGGCCUUCUAUGAUGAGCACCUGCCACUGCGCACAAUGGACCGCCAGAUAACAGUGCCUUCACUAAAGUUUCGCCCCAGUGUUUUUCUUUCUUUCUCCUCUCUUUUAAAUAGAGUACAGAAGGAUUCAUGUUGCGACAGGGGAAUUGUUUGCUUUUCUGAAGAGUAUCGCCAACAAAAGACAGGAAACUCAGAUUGUAAGAAGAAGCAGGCCCUUAUCAGAAAUGGCUGAUUACAUUUUCAUCAGAGCAGGGAGCAUCUUUGAUGGAAAAAAAAGGUCGGCUGAUUCACAAAAGCUUCAAUAGAUUUAAAUUUUCGAUCUUGGUGUUUAUGACAAUGUACGACUCGAUCCGUAUCAUGAUUUAGGAGCUAUUAAUGUAUGUGGUAAUGGCAGGUGUAAUCGGUGCGCAAGGUGUGGCUGUCUAAAAUCACAGCCAGCCCCUCAUUUUACCUCCAUGUGUUGGACACGCUGGGCUGAAGAGUUAACAUUAGUGCUCUGUUGAGGAAGCCCCCAUUUUCCAGCUUGUCGUCAUUCGAACUGGAGCCAAGGUUUGACUCGUCUGGUCUGGGCAACGUUAGCCUGGAGGGUUGAACUUUGAAAAUUUAAUUAUUGUGCCUUUGCCAAAUGUUGGGGUUAUGUAUAGUCCUAAGCUUACAGCCUUUUUUUGUUUUUGUCUGGAUUUUGAAUUUUCUAACCCUCCCAAAAAAACCUCAGUCAAACAGAAGCACAAGGACUUUUCGGCGACUGGAAGUUAUCACGCCAGUGUCUAAGCAAGUGUUGUGGGACACCAGAGGAAUCAUAAAGCUCCGAACAGCCGACGUGAUCAGGCUGUUGUAUCUGCUCCUCUGACUGGAUUCAUAAAACUCUGCUCUCGUUGAUUAGACUCCUGCAGACCAGUCAAUGGAUUAUUGAUCUUCCCGGCCCAUUAUUGCGGCUGUCACAACUCGGCCAUUUGACUGACUGAUGCCCUUAUGCACCUAUACUAUUGUGUUACAGUCUAUAAUGUUUUAAAUGUCCUACACCAUUUCCACUUCCUCUUUCCUGUUUGACGACUUAGAAGUCAUUAUUUUUCUUUUAUUGGUUUUGCUUUACAAAAUGACAUCCCAUUUCAGAUAAUUUUCUCAGAUUUUUAUUUUUUUGGAAGCUUCCGUUCUGUCUAUUUAGAGACAUAUUUUCAAUGUAGUGAUGAAUCGUGAAUUGCAGCAUUGACCUGAAAUCGACUAUCUAGUUGGCUUUUUUGAGUUGCAUGUUAAAACAAACCCAACAGUAACUGCGUUUCCAUUACAAAUGGGCACAAAGUUUUUAGCUUUAGACGCCUUUCACAGCACUCGGAUAGUGUUUGCGUUAGUUUUUUUCUACUAAUGUAGAAAAGACAGUAGAUAUAACUUGGAUGCAAAUUAUAUUUUAAAAAAAGAAAACGGCACUGAUCGACAAGUCUGUAUUUUCUGAGUUGAGAGUGUUGUUUCUACUAUUGUAGAGAAAACACAAUUUCACAAUUGCAGUGUUUCCAUUAAAUAAACGCAAUUAAAAUCAUACAUGAAUAAAUUUGCUUAUGCAAUAAGUCAUUAAAAAAAUAUGCAGCGCCAUCCUCCUCCAACUACUUCUUGUUGUCUAGUUCAUGGUUUGUGCCAGUGCCACAGGUUGAUUAUUUGACCUGUGCGAGGAGAACAAAGUGUUUCCAUUGAAGUUUUGAUACAUCUAAAAACCCAACUCAUCAUAGCACCAAAACUUGUUUUUUCAAAAUUGCCAUUUUUGCAUUAUGCUAAUUUAUUUUCCAAAUGUCAAAUUGCACAAUUCUAAUGGAAACACAGCUACUGUUCUCUUAUGGUAGUUGAGCUGUUUUUAUUAUUGUCAAUAGUAUAUGAAGCCAGUCACAGUAGGACUUAAAAACUGUAACAUCCACGUUUAGAUUUGCUUUUUUCAUUGAAAUCAAGUGGGGUUUUUUUACCUACAUUAAUGUUUGUGAAAGAUUGGAACAACUGAAAAUUGACCACACUAAUAUUACUAUGCAUCUGGUAAUAUCUACUUUAAUUCAACCCUAAAUAUUAAUUUACAUAUUAAUAACCAGCAUCUCAUUUUAUGCAAUAUAUGAGUUUAAUUUUCGAAUACCACAACUGCUAAUGAGCUUUAUUAACAUUAAGCUUGUAAGUCAAUUAGCACCAUAAUAUCUCUUUGUUAGUGUAGCAGUGAGUUUUUCAGUAAUGCAGUGCUGCAUCAACUUAGCAACACAAGAGGAAACACAGCAUUAACGAGAACAUGACAAUUUGCAUUAUCCAAACAUUGUAUGAAUUGCACAGUUUGAAUGAUUCUGUAAUCAAUAUAGAACUCUUUAGUCCAAGUUUAAUUCAAUGUAUCAACAUUUUUCUCAGUUGAAAUAAUUCUAAUAGGGCCAUUUCAGUCACAUUUACAUCAGGUGUUGGCCAGGAAUCAACUAAGUGUAAUCCUCGGAUACAAAGAAAUCAAUGCAGAAUACUCCACUAAUGAAGUUAUGGGUAAACAAAGGCCACUGGGAGAGCUGUUGGACAUAUGAAGAAAUUGAUUUUAAAGAAAGUUUUCUGCUGCUUUAUGCAAAUCCGCUGGUUUAAUAAUAAGCUCAUUAGCAAAUAUUGCAAAGAGUGGUAAAGAAAGUUUUACAAAAAUAAAUUGUACUGUUAUAAAACAUAAUAUUCCACUGAGCACAGUGGGGACAAAAUUUUGAAGUGAAAACACAAUUUCAUCAUAAAUAAGACAUAGUCAGAUGUCUCUUAUAAGAGGCAUCUGACUAUGCAAACAAAUAUAAAAAAUCUAAAGAGUCGUCCUAGAACCAAUGAGAACUUUCAGAGAGAAAUGAAAGGUAAUUUUUUUUAUAUGAAGAUGAGUAAACAACUCCACUACACUCACUGCACAAGACUCCACUGCUGAAGGAAAAACCUGCUGAUGCUUGUUUAGAGUUUACUGUAGGGGAUUUAGACAAGUCUGUGAAAUACUGGAGAAUAUAAUCUGGUCAGAUGAGGCCAUAGCUGAACUUGCUGCAUGUCAAUUCACCAUGUCUGUAUGAGUAAUGGUGCUGGGUGCAGUAUCGUAUUAUACAUGGUUCUGGCAAACGUCACGUAACUGAAAGACGUAUGAAUGGAUAACUGUACACUGGAACUUUUUAAGAAUCAAUGUGAAACAAGUGUGACUUUCAUCCCAAACACAACAAAAAGAAAGCAUUAGAGAAGGAAAUAACAGUUUGAAUGGUCCUUGUAUUCAAUUGAAAAUCUUCAGAGAUUAUCCCUCACUUCAUUUGUAGACUAAUUUGCUUUAAUCCCAUUUAUGUGUGAGUUGUUUUAUCUGGUGUGAAUUCACUCUACGUGUGCUCAAUAUUUAGACAAUAUUGAGCACACAUAUUUUUUUCAUCAUUUUUGUGUUUAAGUCUCAAAAUGCUUAUGUAAGUCAUAGAAUCUUUCCUUCUCAUUGUUUUUAAUUGUCCAAGUGACCCUAAUACUCUGUUGUACAUCUCAAAGUUGCUGUCACACAAACGAUAGAAAAAUUUAUCUUAUAAAAUAAAUAGUUUUUAGCCAGCUAGAUGUUAUGUCAGUGGUUCUCAACCCUAAUACACGGGCAAACAAUUUCAGGACUAUUUCUUUCCUCACUUGACAAUACGAGUCUCAAUAGACAAAACUGAAAUAGCAGCUUUACUUUUUCAAGAAAUAGUGUGGCUUUUUAGGAUCACAAAGUCUUAUGCCACAUAAUCGACAUCUCAUAGCAAAUCUGCUUUUUGUUUCCAGUUGGGAGUCCAAUCAUGUUUUUCCAGAACUAAACAGUCCUAAAAACAGUAAAAAUGUGUAGUUCAACCACCAGAUGUGGUCAGUUUGUUUUAUUAAUAUUUUCCUUUUUUUUCAUACUUUGUUUUCUGAUAUUAAUUUUUGCUAAGUACAGCUCAACAUCAACAUUUGACACUGUACAGUGUUCUGUUGUGACUUGGCUUCAAAGCUCUGAUAAAAGUGGUCUACUGAAUUUUCAAAGGACAUACCCUAAGUGUCAAAUAGUAUUCUAACAUUUUCAUAUUUUACGUUGUGCAACUGUGGGUAGGGUUUUUUGCUAUUAUUUUUGUUAAAACAUAGUUAUAGUCAAGCCUAAUGUCUUUAAUUCUCAUGCUCAAAUAAGAAAAAAAAGUUGUUUUUUUUCUGGCCUUGUGCUUUAAUUAAUGUUACAAAGUACAAUCUAAAAGGAAGAAAGUGAUCAGUCAGCUUAAUGGAUUAAAACUAAAAUGAUCACAGAGAAGCAAGGUGUCUAUUAAUAUUCACAAGGUAAGUACAGAUAGAUUAGCUUCUGUGGUUGGAACGGAGGAGACAGUGUAUAAUGUAUAUAGCUUGCAUAUGAUUUUUAAAACAUGGCCAUCAAAAACAACCUUACUUCUUUUAUAUAGUGUGUUCUCUGGCUUUAAUACUGAUGUAUUAAUCAAUGAUCUCUGUGAGAUACUGACAUGUAGAGUGGUAUUUUCAUAUUGAAAAGUUAACUGUAUUGUCUUGUAUACUAAAGUUGUGCAUGGUAAUAAUUGUUCAUUUGUGGGGGGGGUUUCUAUAACUGACUUAGUAAAAAUGUUCAUUCCAA